AUGACCGCUUGGUGGGUUCAAUCAGCUCUGCCCCCACCUUUAUCCCGUGGACCUGAGCUACAAGACCUGGCACAAAGUACCUUGGUGGGCAGUACGCCGUCAGACAAGGCUCCGCCUAUUGCUGAGCAAGGACCUAGCAUAGCCAGGCACACGUCGACCAUCACAAAGUCACCUACGUUUCCAUCUGCAGAGCAAGUGGAGUAUCCUCAGCCUACAAGUUCUUCUGAUGCGGCAUGGAUCUAUGAAAACUACCAACAGCCCCGCAUCUUGCCUCCUUCGCCAGAUCAAAGGCCCAAAUCACUUGUAAAGAGCGAAGCACAGAAAGAUCGAGUCCCAGUAGCGUGUCUGCAUUGUCGGAGCCGGUGAGUACGCGCGGUAGAGGCAAGAGUGGCAAGUCUACGUCGCUUUCGCUGGCUCGCAGUCUUGUUCCAAGCCCAGCUCGUCGCUCUGACCGAUACUCCUCGCUCACAUGUAUCGACCGUCCACAUCCACCUCACCACCCUCCGCUUGCAGCAAAGUUCGAUGUGACGGUCAACAACCUUCGUGCGGACUCUGCACCCGAAUAGGUCGUCCAUGCGUGUACUCGAAGGUGUCAGAAGAAGAGAACCUGAAAUUGCGAGCCCGCAAGCGAGCCCUCAAGGAAAAACGUGCCCUGGAGCGAGCGGGAAAACAGCGAGCUGACGCCAGAUCGAAGGCUGGGCCCUCAUCCCAUUGGCUGUCUGGAGUCGCCCCCGCCACGCCCUCUCGCAAUCGCGCUUACACCACAAGUGGAUCUUCGCGACCCGCCUGGCUUUCGCAAGAACCUCAGUCGCCAGCAAGACCAGAAAGCGCUGAUGCGGCGACAGAGCGCGCAUCACUUGCGCCACUAUCGCCGCAGGACUUCUCCUUGACCUCUUCAGCGCGGCCUCAAUGGUCGGGUCGUGCUUUUGCAAACGCGGUCGAGGGCCGGCCAGUGCCUAUCGGUAUGAACAAUCCCUCUGUGGUAGCAUCCACCGACAAGGCCUCCAAACUAGCCGCGUCGUCCUCCAGUCGCAUCGCUCAGCAGACGAGCGCUGCGCCUGCGAUAUCCAGCAUGACUCACUGGCUACCACCUGGGCACCCGCUCAACGUAGGUGCACGAUCUGCAUCUAACACCGAGGGAAUGCGGAGUGGACAUACCGGCAGAGUUGAUAGACUGCCUUCGCACGAAGGGCACUAUACUCGCCCAAGUUGGCCUCUUCCUUCAGCUCCGGUGCAAAGGUCGCGACCUGAUCCUGACUUGCAGCCAGCCUUGGGCGGAGGUUACUGGGCGCCUAUCACCGCUCCAAAUGACAACUUGGACCAAUACAAAGGGUCCGGCGCUUUUCAAGGCACAGCAGCAGGGUCUGUGAUGAAUGCCCAAGACUUCAACCGGAGCUCAAGGCAACGCGAAGAGAUCAGCCGCGCGGACGCACUGCGACAUGAGACGCACCGAGGCCUGCAGCAGCCGUCCCGUGGUGGGGCGUUUAUGAGGGUGCCAAAUGAGCGGGAGGAGACUCAGGUGUCAGCUAGCAAUCAGAUGUAUCUCCCCUGGGCGCCGCCCUGGGACCCAAGAAGUUCAGGGAUUUCCAGCUCUUGGCCGUCUAGCUCUCAACCAAGUCAGCUACACCACGACCUUCCCCGACCUCCUUUGCACGUGCGCAGCCAGGCUUCUCAUGCGCCUCCGCGAAGCCUGCCAGCCUCGGUUGGCACCCAAAGCUGGGACCACAUUGCCUCUCCGGCCUCAGCAGUCACGGCUAUGUCCGGAUCUCACGCAUCUCCAGGCAACAUUAUGAGCUACUACAUGCCUAUGGAGACCUCGUCAGGUCCGGAGGGCGACUAUGCGGCGCGAAUGAGAGCGGUAAGUGAUGCGGGUGGUAGCAUUGGGGCUCGUCCACGUGCGACUUUAGGAGAGGAGGCCUUGCCUGAGGCUGAACUUGUGGGUUUUCGGCACAGAAUGCCAUUUACAGACGUCCUCAGGUAGAGCACGACUCGCUUCGUCCAGGCCGCUCCACGCAAGUCGCGGGCACGCUUCAUCAACCUUAUCCAAACAUGUUGGAGCACAUGUCGCCUCGUAAGUCUCGUGCUGCGCCAUGAUCGGCUGGGACGGUGAUCACCGCUGACUUGGGUCUUUCUUGCGCUUCAUUGCCUGUGGUGUUGAUCGAAGCCACCAUGCCGCCCAGCGCGUCCUCUUCGGAAAGGGGUCAAGAGGUCCGCUACUAUUGGGUACCGGUUCCACAUCCUGACGGACCGCCUGCCACAUGA